GCCCGUUUAGCGUUAAGUGAUUUUGUGAUGGACUGUGGAAUCGUUCCCACGCUUAGUAGCUAAGGGUUUCGGAAGGCGAUCAUUUUGUUGCUUGACCUUGCUUUCAUCUGCUCACGCGCACGGCACUGGGAGGGAAAUUUACGUUUCUUUAUAUAGUACCUUACGCAAAACGGAAAUGGCUCUAUACUCCCUUACUCACUCGGUACAGAGCUAUGGGCAAAUAUUGAACUAAGGCGCGCGCUAUUCGCGCCUGUACCAUGCGCCAUCUUUGCUGAAAGCCUCUUUGAUGGUCAAUUUCCUGUUUAUUCCACGGUCUUGGAUUGUUGACUUUUCUAUUUGCCGUGAUAUCGCUGGGGGAGUGGGCUGACAUUUGCCUGCCCGGUUUAUGUGACGUAUAAGGAGGCAAUCUAGUGGCGGGAUUCGGUCACGGUAUUAAUAAGGGCCAUGUGCCCGGUUGGCGAUUCGCCAGUUUACGCAGCCAUUUUGCCUCGCAAACAGCUUGCGUUGAACACACAAAGGUCAACCGCGACCGAGUCGAGUAAUACGACCAAUGCUACGUUUAAAAUCCAAUAGCGCGGUUUGUUUGCUGCAAAUUGAACAAAUGCUGCAAAGAUGUGUGGCCGGGGUCCCAAAUAUAAACACAAAAGUGUUCAUUUGAAUAACAAAGGCAACAAUUAAAUAAGCCGUUUAAGUCUACAGGGGGGAGAAUAUCAUUGGUUGACUUGUGCUAGAGUGGGGCUUGUAUUGUAUCCAGCCAAUCAGAGGUUAUUUAUAUCUAAUUGUUAUUUAGUCUUUCUGGGCUGUGAUUGGCUGAGGCUUCACCAAUAAUUUGAUGUUGUCAUCUUACGUUGUUUUUGCUGGGGCUCCACACACGUGUGCUGUGUUCGAAGAGUGACGUUUCCCAUUGUUUAGUAGAAAGUUUGGCGCGCGAUUCAUGAACCAGGCGUUUUUUUACGGAACUCGUAAGACUCCACCGCUCGAACACGAUACAUGCAGUAAAUGUGACGGGAGAUAGUCAUAGCAGCGAUAAAGCCAAACUGCGGACUUUAUGGCCAGAAGGGGCAUGUUUUGGAAUCGCUUGGCCUUUACUAGGCUUUGCAUGUGCUAGGUAAAUGUAGCAUGGAGUCGGAAUCCGAUGGUUAUGACAAUGGAGAGAAAUUACCCGAGGAGAAAGUUUAUUACCAAGACAGCAGAAGUUGUUCAUGUGGCGGCGGUGGAAGAGCUGCGAUUACAAACAAUCUACCGUUAAUUUCGCUAGUUUUUAAUGUCGUAUUCGUGGUGCUAUUUGUUUUGGUAUUCUUGCGAUUAGAAAAUGUUAAAACGAGACUAUCAGUGUUGGAGAGCCGAGAGGCUCUUGCAGUGAACGGUGCCGAAGUUCGUGCAUCGUCGCGGCAACAAGUUGGUUUGGGGCCUAUUGCAUCUAAUACGGCACGAUCAAAUACCAAUACCAACAGAACUGCAUCCAUGUGGGAAACUUCUAAUUCUACAACAAAUCCUACGGAGUCUGUAGCCAAAUCCACUACUCUAGCGUCCAAGAAUCAUGCUGCUAACUCGGUGUGGAAACGAAGUACUAGUACUGCUAAACCAACUACGCCAUCUCGAGUGCUCCCAAAAAAGCUCUUGAGGAAAUGGAUGCGCAAGGACAUCAAUCGACUACGUACAGAGCUAUGUACAUGUCCCCGCGGAGAAAAAGGAGAAAGAGGUCCUAGAGGAAGAAGGGGAAAGACAGGACUCCCAGGUCCUCCAGGAAGCCCAGGAUCAAAUGGGCAUGCUGGAAUGCCAGGACAAAGAGGUCUGGAUGGACCCAGAGGUCCAGCAGGCUUAAAAGGAGACCCUGGGCCUGUCGGUCCCAAGGGCGACAAGGGAGAUACAGGGAGCCAGGGCCCACCAGGCAAACGCGGCCCGCCAGGAGAGAAAGGUGAUCAAGGCAUCCCCGGAGUCAAGGGAGACGUAGGACCGAAAGGAGAGAAGGGAGACAGCGGCGGUCCAGAGCCACCGCCGCGACCAUCUGCUCACCUCACCGGCUACCACAAGUCUCAGCAAAACGCUCCUAGAACAGGUAUUCUACGCCAUUGGGAGGACAGUAUAGGUUAUGCUCACUCAUUUGGCGGCAUGCACUAUCGCAACGGCGAGCUUAUCAUCCCAACGAGCGGGCGCUAUUACGUCUACAGUCAGUUGUAUUUCCAAGCCGAAGACGACAAGCCUCACAUGAUACACUUCAUGCACCUUACUGCCAAUAACGUCACAUCCGUCAUCAUGAGAAGUGUGACGUCACGAUGCCGAGCCAGGAAGGCAAAGGCGCACCUAUUCAGUAGUUAUCAGGGAGGAGUGUUCCUAUUAGCAGCGGGUAAUAAACUGUCAGUGGGCGUCUCCGAGGGCCAGUCCGACACAGUUGCCAUGGGCGAGUCCGCCAGCUUCUUCGGUGCGUUUAUGAUCUAGCGAUUGCACAAAAAAUCGAAAUUAUUUAGAAUAUGCACGUGACUGGCGCGUAGUUUGCGUUUAGUGACACUCGAUGCUAGUGGCGCGUUGAAUAUACGGACACAGUCCACGUGUAAGUCACGUUCCUUUUGGCCAGGUUCACGUGACAAACACGUUCUCAUGCUCCGAGCGAGCGUGGUUAUCACAUGUUCAACACGUGCUUCAGGUCAAUGUCUUGAGAAUUAACAAAUGUACAUAUUCCGUCCGUUGGAUUAUCUGUAACAUCACCUGACCCUCUAAGAGUUAUUUCAUUAUCACGUGACUUUGCUUGUUGUUAUAACGACUAGUUUGCUUAGUCCAUUUGUGGUGCGCACGCACCAUACACAGGUAUCCCACUUUCUAGACUGAAUUCUAGGCUGAUUCUAAUUGGAUGCAAACUGCGAAAAUAACUUGAUACUUGAAAACUUCUUAUUCAGUGAUUAACAAUUUCAUACUAAUACGUAAAAUGUACCAAGUAAAAAGCUUUUUAUUUUUGUAUCUUCUAAUAUUCGUGUAAUCUUUGAAAGUAGCGACCAUUGGAUGAAAAUCGUUUUCGCGCGCUUUUUCUUAAGGUCGGACGCGUGUAAUUCACAUAAACAUGCUCGUUAUCCACAAUGGAGUGUGAGAUCAUACUAAACUUGCGUCGGUUCAAGGAAUACAGUAACAUUGUUUUCAGUGUCAAAGUUAGUUGAAUUUAUUUCAUUUUAUUGAGUUUUAUGACAAGAUAUAAUAACCGUUUUUAUUUUCUUUGGACUAACAAAUAUUUUGCUAGCUAACCAUUCAUAUACUUUGAUUGUCAGGUAUAUUGUACUUAAGACGUUUCCUAGAAUAACGUUUUUGAGAAACUUGAACCAUUGUUGGAUAGUCUAACUUGUUUUUCUAGAAUCAAAUCUAAGUUUUCCUAGAACCAAAAUAUCGAAAAGUGCCCUGCUUUAGAAAUCAUACUGUAUAUCCAUAUAAAAAAAUGGUAAACUUCAUCACACUCCAAACAAAUUUUGAGCCCUUUGUCGCUAUUUGUUAUCAAAACUUUUUUAUGAAUGCUUUUUUACAAGAAUCUAUUUUUGUACACUCGUAUUUUAGAGACGGCUCCAAAUUAUUUUUAUAAAAAAUCCUUCUUCGAGCUUCGACGAAAGUUUUAGUGAUAAGCUUUUACAAAUUUGUGUAUAGAGAGCAUAAAAUAAAUUGAAAGCUGUUUUUUUUCUUGCUUAAACUAAGUAAAAAUUCACUUGAUUUCUGCACAUGCGUAUUUCCUGUCCCAGUAACUCCUUACCAGUUCAUCACGACAUAAUUAUAAUGGUCCUUUGUUGUGACCUUUUUUAUCAUUUAGUCAGGUUCUCCUUCAUAAAUUGAACGUAGAAUUAUAAUAGAUAGUAACUCAGUGAAAUAGUUUUGUAGUAGUAUAUCAUUUUGGAAAAUCACUUUGUACAAAUAAGACCGACGGCCAUUUGUACAGUUGUUUUUGUACAGAGUAGUAAUUUCCUGAGAUUCUAUGCUUUGGGGGUAUUUUAGGUUAGAAUAAAUGUAAUAAAGAAUUGAAUAUUGUAGGAACUAGAUAUGAAUUAUUUGUAGGCGCCUAUUUGUAUUGUUCUUCGAGAGCUCAAAAUAUUAAUUUUUCUUUUUCUUUUUUUCAAACUUCUACAUAAAGCCACGUAAUUAAUAUCGACCACUGGAUCCGACUUGUUUGAUUCUAUUGUCUAGAAAUAUCUGAUCUUUUUACAAGUAUAAAUAUCCAUGGGUUUUUUUAUUCCAAGCAAUAUCAUAUACGAGCCGCGUUAAAGGAUGGACUGAGUUUAGACAAUAAUACAAGUGACUUUAAGUCGCUACGUACAUGUUUAUCUCAUGCGCAUCGAUUUACGGCUUUGAAAGAGUUCUUACACAAGUCGAAACCAGGCUCUCUCGGAUUGACAUCUUCUACGUAGAGCGUAAAGCAUGUCAUUACCUGCAUUAAUUAGACAGUGCCACGAGGUGCUAGGCCUGUAUAUGUCACGUGGUACAAGGGGGUGGGUUGUGCCGUGUCACGUGGUAUAGAAGGGAUUGCCACAUAGUCCAUGAGUGCUUAAUGCCACGUGGAACUGACUUGUCACGUGCUACCAUUUAUAUAACCGUGUCACUUCCUGUAUGCGCUGGGUGUGUACUGAGUGACACGUGAUAAACUUUUAACAAAUCUUUUCCACUUAGCUGACAUCUGGCACUUCGAUUCUUUGGGCGGGUCCUAAGGAAAUCGACGCUGUUUCAACGUCAUACAUACCUCUCCCUCGUGACACGGACAUGCUUACCCCCAACCCCCUAACCCAAGAUGGACCAAUAGGCGAUGAGGCAGGCAGUAUAGCUUAGACUUAGUUUCAUUGUCACUUUAUUUUAGGUUUUUGCUUGUAGUCUGAUGCCACACACCCUGCACUACAUGUGUUUAGUUGCAGUGAUCUUUAGAUCCGGAAAUAUUUAUAACUUACAUAUGACAUGGUUUCAUUGUUGACUUAAGUAUUUUAUCCACCCCAAAGUCUCGACAACUGUCUUAGGAAUGGUCAUUGCUUUAGGAUAAAGCGCAUUGUA